UAAAAUGUCGUCACACUCCGUUAAAUAUUAAUAUUGUACGAAAAACAGACGGAAAAAUGCAACACGCGUCUACCAUGUAUUUCAAAUAUUUAAUUUCAACGGAUAUUUGCAAUUGACAACAAAAUUCACUUGAGAAACAUUCAUUACAAAAUGUCAAAAAGUUAUAUGCGCUUACAUGCAGCUGUGUCAGUCUAUGACAAUCAAAAUAAAACUCCAAACCAUACACAACCUAAUACAAUUUGUAUUGGAAAAGGAGUAUUUAAUCGUAUAUUGAAAGCGCAAAACGUUCUACAAAAUAUAAAGGAAUUAAGCAUUUUGAAUCAGAGAUGAGUUUCGCGGUAUUGGGUGCAGGUGUUUGCGGUCUAUCGACGGCUUUGGAGGUACAGAAUAAAUAUCCAAAUUCAAAAGUCAGUUUGAUCGCCGAAAAAUUUGGUCGAGAUACAACGAGUGAUGUAGCUGCUGGCAUUUUUCGACCGGGACCCAGUUUCUCCGGGCCAAACGAGACAGUUACAAGAAAAUGGAUGAAUGAUUCGUAUGCAUAUUGGGACAAACUUCGUCUAAGAGAGGAUGCUUCGUUGUCGGGUGUCACGCAAUUAUCGGCAUACGUUUUUUCGAGCACCGACCCAUCGAUCGUUCGAAAUCAUUUUCUAGAAGGCUUAUUACCACUAUACCGACCAUGUACUGAAGAAGAAUUAAGCAUUUGUCCAGGUGAUUGGAAAUAUGGUUCAUUUUUCACCACAGUUUUGACAGAGUGCCGACUCUGGCAGUCAUGGGCGCAAAGAAAAUUCGAGCAAAAUAAUGGAAAAGUUGUACAGAAGCAAAUCACAAAAUUGACCGAAUUCAAUGGUAAAAAAUAUGAUGCAGUUUUUAACUGCACUGGCUUGGGCGCACAAAAGUUAUGCAAUGAUGUUAAAGUGGUGCCGAUUCGCGGUCAAAUAAUCAAAGUCCGUGCACCAUGGGUGAAAACAGCUUUUUAUGCCGACUACGAUACAUAUAUUCUGCCCGGUUUUGGUGGUAUUGUCACGUUGGGCGGAACAAGAAGUUAUGAAAGUUAUAACAUGAAAAUUGAUAAAUACGAUUCACUUUCGAUACGUGAACGUUGCGAAGCAUUGGUGCCCAGUUUGGCCAAAGCAACCGUUGUUCGUGAAGCAGUUGGAUUGCGGCCAUAUCGUAGUUCUGUGAGGGUCGAACAUGAAUUGCUGAAGGAUUCAUUCGGACAACCACUACGAGUUAUUCACAACUAUGGACACGGCGGCUAUGGCGUGACAACAAGUCCCGGCACCGCAGCCUAUGCAGUUCAUCUAUUUGGAGAAAUGCACCGUAGCAAACUAUAAAUCUCCGAUUUUUCAAACAAAAAUCCAUCAAAAAGAGAUUCAAAUGAUAUCCAAAGAGAAAAACGCAAAAAUAUAAUUCAACGAAAUAAAUUCCAUAUUUAAAUUGUAAGACAAUAACAAAUUGUAGGCUAUGUACAAAAAAAAAACAAAAACCAAUAUAUUUGACAUACAUUCACCAACACAUAGAAAGGCACCAUAUGACAGCGGAGAGUAUAGGUUGGAUGACAUUUGGUUUUGUUUUUAUUUUAAAUGAAAAUAUUGACCGUAGUGUGGAGUAAAAACCAAAUUUUAUUCGUUUAAAAUAAAAUUCAAUCUACGAUUUUGCUUUAUAUCGAA